AUGGUAUUCGAGCUCCUCACGAAUCGCAUCCUCCUCUACCAAGACCACGAUACCUACUCACACGAACUCUAUUUACAAAACAUCGUUGAAGUGUUAGGACCGUUCCCACUUGAUUUCCUUGGAGAGUGUGAGGAUCGGGAGAAGUAUUUCGAUGAUCAAGGCACGCUUCUUCACACAAAAAACGCCGAUACAAUUGCGACGACUACACUCGAAUUUGAAGACGUUAUGCGAGAACUUAGGCUUGGAGUCGGUGAUGAGGAUGAGGAUGAGAUUCUAGACGCCGCUAAGUUCUUGCGUAGAUGCUUGAUGUUGGAUCCGAAGAUGCGGCCGAGUGCACGGGAGUUAUUAGAGGAUGGGUGGCUUGUAUUGUAA